GAGUCGCGCUAGGAGAGAAGAGGCGGCGGAGGCGCUACGGUCACUUUCUCACAGGCUCCGGUCGAGCCUGUGUGGUCUCUCCCCGCGCUGUUGCUAAGGAAAUGGAUGGCUUGAAUGGAUCGGUGGUCCGGACUGAGCCGUCCUCCUCGCUCCCUCAGCUCAGCAGCCUGCCGUGUUUCAGUGCGUGUUUACAGGAAUUACUGCUAAAAACGUGACGCGUCCGCUCCAGCUCUGCACCAAUCGGGUCCAGUGGAGCUGCAGCUGGAGAAGAGAGGUUAAGAAAGGCAGAGGGGUCGACGAGCCUGGCUGGUGCCGGGUGGAUGCUGCCUGAAGACGACAAAGGCUGAGGCGGCAGCACUGACUCAGAAGAGGAGCAUGGCAUCCACUGGCAUGCAGAUAUUUGGAUUUGUCCUGGCACUGCUGGGCAUUAUGGGGGCCACGGUGGCUACCCUGCUGCCCAACUGGAAGGUCAGCGCGGAUGUGGGCUCCAACAUCAUCACGGCCAUCUCCCAGAUGCAGGGGCUGUGGAUGGACUGCACCUGGUACAGCACCGGCAUGUUCAGCUGCACGCUCAAGUACUCGGUGCUCUCCCUUCCUGCAUACUUGCAGACUGCACGCACCACCAUGGUGCUCUGCUGCGUGCUGGCCGCCAUGGGCCUUUGCCUUGCUUCUCUGGGGCUGAAAUGCACACGGUGGGGAGGCGGACGCCGUUCCAAGCGACACGCCGCCAUCGCCAGCGGAGGCUGCUUCGUCACUGCUGGCUUUCUCUGUCUGGUACCCGCUUCUUGGUUUACCAAGGAGGUCAUCACAAACUUCUUGGACUCCAGCGUGCCAGAGAGCAAUAAGUUUGAGCCUGGGGGUGCCGUGUAUGUGGCCUUUGUUUCAGCAGGUUUCCUUUUUGUCGGCGGGUCCAUAUUCUGCAUGUCCUGCCCGGGGAAGAGGCACGGCCCUCAGGACCUGGUUCUGCUUCCUCCGCCGGACAAACUGCUGCUCCAGCAGCAGCAGCAACAGCUGCUCCAGCAGCAGCAGGAGCUCCAGCACCAGUACUGCUCUCUCUCCCCUUUAGACAACAAGACUGGCUACAGCCUGCAGGACUACGUGUAAUAAAGCAGCAGCUAUAGGGAGGCAAGCCUGAGGGAGAAAACCGUCACAGUUAAAUCCGUACGUCGGGCCGUACUGAAAGCAGCGAGAGGAGGGCAACAACUUUGAAUUCAUUUUUGUCUCCUUUUGGUCUGUUUUGCAAGCACAAGCGGUGGAGGUAUUCCCUGAGCAGCGCCUUUGUAGGAAACAGCGCAAAUGUGAAAGGAGGCAGGAUUCGUGCUGCAGAAUGGAAGGAAGCUCCCAACAAAAUGCAGAUUGUUCAUCAGUAAAUCACAGAAAGUGCUCCCGGGAAUGGAUUACGCAAAUAAGAAAGUCGUCUGUGUAGAUUCCCCCCUGCCAUCCUCACCAAAGCUUUGAAUAGAAAUAAGCAAUCAUUUAGCUGCUAUUUACAAUCGUUCAUAACGAUCUCCCUCCCUCCCCGCUUUAUUUGACUAAAUAGGCAAUAUAAACACCAGAGAGCAGAAAGUGAAACCCCUUCCAUAGCAAGCCAUUUUAUUUUAUUUUUUUAGUAUACAUGUCUCCUAGAAUGCAACCUUGAAUCGAUUGAAAUUAAAAAGGUAAUAUUUUUGUUAGCUACUAGAAGGAUGUUGAUAUUUUUUUGCCUCUAAAGCAUGCCGUGUGGAGCCUGUUUGCGUAUUAAAACGUUGGAAUGCCUGGUAGAGCGACUAAACCACACAAUGCCUGUGCCUGAAAACAAAGCUGUAGAAACAUUAACCCUGCUGGAAGUGUUCAAAGAGGACUGUCAGGAGCAGAGAAUGUGGCGCUGCUGGCUGCAUCCAACAAAGACGAGACGGACAGACAGAUGCCCGCAUCUCACUCUGCAGGUGGAGAUAUGGGGGAAAGGGAGAGAAAUUUUGCAGGAAAAACGUCUAAUCGCUUCAGAUGAAUGGAUGUUUUCCUAUUUCCCAACCAGACACAACCUGUGUGUAACUUGCAGCAUGUCUAUUGCAACAAUCCAUUGUAGACGUUAACACCCACACCACAUGCAUGAUUUUUGUGCGCUUUUUGUGUGCGUAGUAAACAUUCAGUGGCUCUUCACGUGCUUUUCACUCGUCAACCGCCUCUUCACUGCCAUGGAGACAGAUUUGCCGUUUAAACAUCUUUAUUAUCUGUCAGUCACAGAAGUUCUGUUAGAGGGGGCAUCCUUUCAUGCAGUCAAAUCCUCCUGCUUUCAGUUUCUUCAGAUGAAUUUCAGUGUAGAAGCUUUUAGAAGACUUUCUUCCUUGCAACGUUUUUUUUUUAACCAUUCCCUCAUCAUAUCAGCAUUUAAUGGUCCAGCAUCGCAGGAACACGAUUGAAGAUAACCAGAGGCUCCUUGAGUCAAGUGGACAGUUAUGUGGCGACUAAAAAAGCUUUGAGUCAUUCUCCAUAUGUGACUUGUUUUCCAAGUGCGUCAGCAGCGAGGCGCAUAUGUUACCAGUCUCCACCUGCAGAAGCUCUUGGUCUUAAAUUGCGUUCACUUCACUGUCCCACUAGCCCUAGUUCCUCGUACUCCUACCAGUCGCUCCUGUUUUUGUUUUUUUUCCCCUCCUUUCCAACUCAUUCACCCUGGCCUGUUUGUGUCAGCCGUCACAUGGAUGUGAUCCCUGACGAGAGAACGCUGAUGCAUGCUGAAAGCGUGUCCUCCUCAAACGCACAUCCACACCAGGCACACACGCUUUUCCCACCAAUUGCCACCCACACAUACCUACUCAUGUGUCAUUUGCAGGGCUACGCUUUCAUGGUUGCAUUUCAGGGCGAGUCUACACGCGGACUCUGAGCACAGGAAUAUUGUGUAUGGUGCAGGCAGGGAUGUAUAGAACUGCACAUUCUCUCCUUUUCUCUCAUAAGCAUGCAGCUUCCUGGGGAAGUGCAGAUGGCUGAGCGCAGCCUGCCACCUGCAGGCGGCUGCCAGCACACCACGGGCUCCUCAGUGGGCGCCACUGGCGGCAGCCCUGUAUUGCUCGAUCUGGCACAUGUCAGAGUUGGCCACCUGACAGUAACACACUGCCCAGGCACCACUACUGAUAAAUGCAAUAAAACUAGUAAAGAAUGUGCCAUGUCAUCAGCUAAUACUGACACAUUAUGUGUUUGAGAAUGUGCCAAAUUGUCUCAUGAUGACAAAUUUUAAUAUCUGGAAAUUUUCUGUUUAUUUUUCUAUGAAUUUUACAUUUUAAAAUGUUUUAUGGAUUUGAGAUUUGUUCUGUCAGACUAGAUGCUUGUGUACAGUCAUUCGCAGCUUUCGAGGGUUAUUUUAAAUCCUUCUUAUUCCUCGUACCCCUCAAAGCACAGCAAGACUCCACAGUGUCUCGUAAAAGUAUUCCUACCCUUUAACUGCAACCACAAAGUGUUUUAUGUGAUCAGAGUAAAUAGAAUCAUUAGGAAUGUUAAUCCCAUUAUAAAUGCAGGUUUAUCUUUAUGUGUUUAUCUUUAUGUGCUCCGUUUGACAACCUUUUGACAGCCUAAGCUGUGGAUGUCUCAGAAUAACAUUUAAUCCAUUAACUCAAAAUGGAAAAAUAUGGAACAACUGUGACUGCAGACUGCCAAGAAAUGGUGCACCAAUGCCCCCUUCCUAAUCAUGUACCACUUUUGUGUGGAGGUUUCUUGUGAAAUGUAAAAAAAAAAAAAAAAAAAAAAAGAUAAAAUGCUCAUAGGGCAUGAAUACUUUAUCAAGGCACUCUAAGUGUGGGGCUUUAAAAAUGUAUUUAUAUCAGGAAAUAUGAUUCCGUGUUGGUCUGUGACGACUGUACACAAGUGUCUGUGACUUUAACAAUGUUUUGUUUGUUUAUUAGGAGGAUUUGUCAUCCUUCAGAUUGUUUUAGUCUAAGAUAAAACACCACGUUCAUGCCAUAUCUUCUUUAUAAGAAGACUACUCAGUGCACUUUUUAUUUGUGUUUCUAUUUGACGGCAGUUUGGUUCAAUGAAUGAGCAUUCCAGGCUCUCUGGACCAGUAUCAAUACAUAACACAAGUGGGCACUCUGGACAAAAAAAAAAAAAAGAGAGCAAUUUCUGACUGAUGGGAUUCAGCAGGGAAAUACCAGUUAAAGAUUUUUUUAGUGGCUGUGCAGCUUAAUCAUCAGCACGCAAUUUCAUUUGCUUAUAAAUGGCCAGAGUGCAAUGUGACUAGGUCCUUAAACUCUACGGAGUUCAAACUCUCUGCGUAUACUGUCCUGAGAUGUUGGAUUUAUUACUUUGAUAACUGCAGCUUAUUUUUGUGAAUGCUUUAGCACUUCUUACUUUGCUAGAGCAUAUUUGUGAUGAGCAGUUCACAAGUUCUGAUACAGUUGUCUCAAUGUGCUUGUGCAAGUAGUUCUAUUUUUUACCAAUAAAACUAUUUUGUGAAAGCAUACAGCUUUGGUAUUAUCUGUGUUUUUGAUUUAGAAGCGCUCAGCUUCUCCCAAGCCAGUAGAUUGCAGGAUGCUACAGCCUAUUCUGACAGGAAACAGGAAGCUGUUUUUUGCAAAUGCAGCAUCAAAGAAAUUACUGCACUAUACAUUUAAAU